CCCUAUUUUCCACAAACAAAAAUGAUAGAAUUUCAUCACACUGGCUCAGAUCUUUUGAAGCUAUGGAUUCCUUGCUUAGAUUCCUCAUAUUUAUAGGACUAAAUUCUUUUCUUAUGGUACUCACCAAAAACUGUUCACAAACAAAAUAUACGAUGAUUCAUCAUCUCCUUUGCCAUCAAAACGAUGAAAAAAAGGAUAAAUUUGUUUAUUAAACGCAAAGAAAGCAUUUGGUUCUUGUAUUGUUUUAUUGUUGUCCGAAUUGCUCAAACCUUGAUUAAGCAAUUGUUCCUUUUUAAUUGUAUAUGUUUCUGAUUUCACACUAGUGAAUUUGAUAAGCAGAAGUGAUGAAUUCCUCAGAAGAAGAGUGUUGUGGGUUGGAGAUGAUGCAGAAAGAUCUUCAUGCCACUUUUCUCGAGAUGAUGUACUAUUUGCUCCCAUCUCCGUACGAGAGCCAAGAGACCAAUCAUCUCACUCUCGCUUACUUUGUCAUCACUGGCCUUGACAUUCUCAACUCUCUCCACUCUGUUGCAAAGGAUGCUGUUGUCAGUUGGGUUUUGUCUUUCCAAGCUCAUCCUGGUGCCAAGGCUGAUCUCAAUGAUGGACAGUUCUAUGGCUUUCAUGGGUCCAAAACUUCUCAGUUUCCCCCAGAUAAGAAUGGGAUUUUGAUUCACAACAACAGCCACUUGGCCAGUACAUAUUGUGCCAUUGCCAUAUUGAAAAUUGUUGGCUAUGAACUAUCCAACCUUGAUUCUGAACCACUUGUGUCUUCUAUGAGGAACCUUCAGCAGCCCGAUGGAAGUUUCAUUCCCAUUCAUACUGGAGGAGAAACGGAUCUUAGAUUUGUAUAUUGUGCUGCUGCCGUCUGUUUCAUGCUGAAUAACUGGAGUGGCAUGGAUAAGGAGAAAGCCAAGGAUUACAUAUUACGCUGCCAGUCAUAUGAUGGUGGCUUUGGAUUAGUUCCUGGUGCGGAAUCUCAUGGAGGUGGAACUUACUGUGCUAUUGCAUCUCUCCGGUUAAUGGGACUCAUUGAAGAUAAUAUUCUCUCAAGUUGUGUUUCGUCAACUUUAAUAGAUGUGCCAUUACUGCUGGAGUGGAUCUUGCAGAGGCAGGGAAUUGAUGGUGGAUUCCAGGGUCGACCAAAUAAAUCUAGUGAUACAUGUUAUGCAUUUUGGAUUGGAGCCGUUUUAAGGAUUCUAGGGGGCAGCAACUUUGUUGACCAUAAGGCUCUACGUGGAUUUUUGCUGUCUUGUCAAUACAAGAUGGUCAGCCAUAUUUUCUAUCAAAGAAGUAGAAGAGUAUGUAUGACAUCCGUGAUGUUGAAAGAACAAGAAUAUUCAGUUGGUCAAUUUAGUUUUAGAAGGGAAAGGAGAGGGCUAGUGUGUUAACAAAGAACAAGGGAAGAUGGGUAAAAUCUCUAUUUAUACUGACUAUCUUGUUGUCUUUUUUAUUCCUAGUUUGUGCAACUGCUGUAUCUUCUUUAUACUUUGAGUUUUCUUUGGUCCCCCUCUCCUAGCAUAAAAGAAUUCAUAAAAAAAUCUCCUUCACUUAUUUUAUUUGCACUCUCAAACUUAUGAUUUUGCAAUCAUUUUACCUCUUCAAUUACCUUCCCCUCUACUAAUUGUUAACCAUGGCAGUAGUAGCAUAUUUUUUAUUUAUUUAAGAUACAAAGAAUCAGGAAGUUCGUAUUUUAAAUCCUUCAAGUUAUGAUCGUGUCAUGCACAUGGAUUUGGUACUUCUGGUGGUACUAGCCCACAAAUAUAAUAAGAAUCUAAAGCUUGUAAUUGCCAAGCUUGUAACUAUGGUCAGACAGAGUUAUUUUGGUUAGACAAGGAUUGUGGUUUAGUGAAAACAAUUGCAUUGGUACUUUUAGUCCAUUCAUGGAAAAUAAAAGCCAAGUUUACUUAACAACUGAUGAAAUAAGGGUUUUAUAUUCAUCUCAAGAUCACUAGUUGUUUUUGUUUCCUUUUCUACUUUCAGGUCUU